AAAAAAAGAAUUGUUAAACCAAACUUGAAUUUUUUUGUUUUUAAGUUUGCUACUUAAAACAAACAUGGCUAGAAUAGUAAAAGCGUCCACAGGUCUGACCGGCCUGGCUGUGUCCAGCAAUCCCCAUCACACAUUGAGUGCCCUAUAUGGCAAAAUUCUGCGUGCCGUGGCCAAAAUGCCUCAGGAUGCCGCCUAUCGCAAGAACACGGAAAUUUUGGUGAAGCAGCGUGCCGAUGCAUUGGCCAAAAACAAGGACGUUGUUGCAUUGGAAAAGGCUGUUGGUUGUGGCCAAGUGGAGGAGCUCAUUGUUCAGGCUGAAAACGAAUUGAUUUUGGCACGCAAAAUGCUCGGUUGGAAGCCUUGGGAGAAACUUGUCCAGCCUGCACCAGCCAAGCAAUGGGACUGGCCACCAGCUCAGAUUCUCGAGCCCAAAGUCUAGGCUUUUAGUUCAUCAUCCUUGAUCCGAUUAAUAAAUAUAUAAACAUGA